AGAAUUUUAUUACUUCUACUCGGAUUAGGAUACCACAUCUUGAAAAUAUUUUUUGUUGAAAAUGGUAAAUUUUCAAAGAAAUUUAAGCUAUUUUCUAAUAAAAUCUAAUAUUUAUAUAAAAAUGUCAUUUAACAUAUUGUAAGAGUUACCAUCGUAUAUCAAUUAAUAUAUUUAUAUGGAAAGAAAUCGCUAUUUUUAGUCUUUUUCCAUUGCGGUUUUCAUGUUCCAUUGUUUGAUUAAUUUUGCAACUUUAGCAAAUGCUUUAGUAAUUUGUAUUAUUUUAACUUUUCAGCAAUAAAGAAUUUACUGCCUAAGUAUCAGAAAAAAAUAGAGAAAUGACGCCAAAACCGAAAUCGAACAAAGCGGAGAGUGUAAAAGUAGUUGUAAGAUGUAGACCUUUAAACAGCAAAGAGGAGAGCCAAGGCCACGUCAGAAUUGUGGAUAUGGAUGUUAAAAGAGGAGUUAUAGAUAUACGUAAUAUUGCUGGUGCAAAAAAUGAGGCGAAAAAAACUUUUACAUUUGACUCAGUUUAUGAUUGGAAUUCAAAACAAAGAGACUUAUAUGAUGAAACCUUCCGCGAUUUAGUACAGUCUGUAUUAGAUGGCUUUAAUGGUACAAUUUUUGCCUACGGUCAAACUGGCACGGGGAAAACUUUCACAAUGCAGGGUGUUAAGAACGAUCCAGAAAUGAGAGGAAUUAUACCAAAUUCCUUUGAACAUAUUUUUCAGCAUAUUGCUAUUUCUGAAAACCAACAAUAUUUGGUUAGAGCAUCGUAUCUCGAAAUCUAUCAGGAGGAAAUCCGCGACUUAUUGGCUAAAGAUCAAGGUAGACGUUUAGAGUUAAAAGAAAGACCUGAUACUGGAGUUUAUGUAAAGGAUCUUUCGUCCAUCGUUACAAAAGGUGUUAGGGAAAUCGAACAUAUAAUGAACGUAGGAGAUGCCAACAGGAAAGUUGGGUCUACAAAUAUGAAUGAGCAUAGCUCAAGAUCUCAUGCUAUUUUCAUCAUUACCAUAGAAUGUAGUGAGGAAGGAGCUGAUGGGGAAAAUCAUAUUCGAGUAGGAAAAUUAAAUUUAGUAGAUUUGGCAGGAUCCGAGAGACAAGCAAAAACGGGAGCUGAGGGAGAAAGGCUAAAAGAAGCAACUAAAAUAAACUUAUCACUGUCCGCUUUGGGAAACGUCAUUUGCGCUCUUGUUGAUGGAAAAAGUUCCCAUAUACCCUACAGAGAUUCUAAAUUGACUAGAUUAUUACAAGACUCUCUAGGUGGGAAUGCCAAAACAGUCAUGGUGGCGAACAUUGGUCCUGCUAGCUAUAAUUAUGAUGAAAGUGUUACUACACUAAGAUACGCGAACCGAGCUAAAAAUAUAAAAAAUAAACCUAAGAUCAACGAAGAUCCGAAGGAUGCUUUACUGAGAGAAUUUCAAGAGGAAAUUGCAAGAUUAAAGAAACAGAUUGAAGGUAAGGGAGGAGGAGCAGUUGUAUCUGGUAAAAAAAGAAGAAGAAGGAGACGUCGGGGAGGUGAUGGUGGUGCCGAUGGUGAAUUUGAAGAUGACGACGACGAAGAAGAUGAAAGUGUUGAUCCAGAAAAAGCUGCAGAACUCUACAGACAAGAGCAACAACAAAAAUUAGAAGAGGAAAAGCAAGCAAUUAUGGGUGAUCAGUCCAUGAUAGCAGAAAAAAAACAAAAAUUACUUGAAGAACUCAAUAAUCAAGAGACAAGAUUGAAAAAAGAACAAGAGGCUAAACAAGCCCUUCAAAUGAAAUUAAAAGCUAUGGAGAGUAAACUGCUUUGUGGAGACGUUAAUAUAGUCGACCAUACGAAAGAACAACAACGAGCUCUUGAGCAGAAACGAAAAGAAAUUGCUGAUCAAAAGAAACAAGAAAGAGAAAUGCAACAAAAACUGGAAGAAAAAGAAGAGACCGCAAUUAAUUUACAAGAAACUUUCUCGUCGCUGCAACAAGAAGUCGAAGUGAAAACCAAAAAAUUGAAAAAAAUAUUCGCUAAAUUGCAAUCAACUAAACAAGAAAUUGUAGAUCUACAAGAAGAACAUGCAAGGGAACGGCAAGAACUGGAAAGAACUCAAAACGAACUUACAAGAGAUUUAAGAAUGAAAAUGCUCAUAAUCGAAAAUUUUAUUCCCAUCGAAGAAAAACAGAAGAUCAUGCAACGAGCCAUUUUCGAUGAAGAUGAAGAUAGCUGGAGAGUUACACCUUUUGCCGAACCAGGAUCAAUGGCAAAAAGACCUGCUUCUGCUGUUGGGAAUAGACGACCAAUGAGCGAUUACGCAAAGACGCAGGCACUAAAAACUGCUAAUCCCAGAUAUAAGGGAGAAAACAUAUUACUUGUGGAAUUAGAUAUGCCUACUCGCACUACUCGUGAUUAUGAAGGACCAACAGUUGCUCCUAGAGUUCAGGCCGCAAUAGAUGCUGCUUUAGCAUCUGAUGGCGAUUUAGAUAUCGAUAGUCCUCAACGUGGGCCAGAAGUCAGAAAGAAAGGAAACGUUUUAAAGAAGAAAUCAGCGAAGAUUAGCUUUGAAAGUAUGCCGCAAGGAAAAUUAAAAACAAAAAUUAAGAAACCAUGUCCAACCAAGCAAAAGAGUAAUUUGGUUAAAAAAAAGGAAUCAUUGACAAAAAGAGGAAAGCGAACUAUUGCCCCCAAGAAAUCUAGAGCGGUUGAAGCUAAAAAAACAGAACAGGCAAUUUCAAAGGUAAUUAACAGCCGUCUUCACCAAGAAAUCAGAUCCCAAGCAGAAACGUGUGAAAUAAAAACUUUGAAACAAAUGAAGCAAAAAAAUGAGAUGGAAACGAACGUUGCUGUAAGGGUUAUUCAGAUUAGGGAAACCAAUACAGAUAUUGAUUUCGAUAUAAAAGUUACUUUUGGUGAGGAGAAUGGUACUUCUGUGUUGAGAGUAAUCGGACCUUGUAAUAGAGAACCUUACGGUUCUGCUGUUGCAAGUUCAUCGCUUAAAUUAACUCCUGAAAUGGAGGCGAGAGUUUAUGUAGAUUUUAUAGGAAAUAGGCAAACGCUCAUUAAACAAAUACAUCUUAUUGAUACAAGAGGUUUUGAAAGUUUUCGAAACUUUGCACACUAUUUACGACAAAUGGUUUCUCACUCCUACUGGUAUGAUGAUAUGAAAAAUACACUAUUAAAACGUUUAGAAGAUGAUAAAUUUACAUCUCGUCAUACGUUAUCUCGUAGAUGUAGUACUUUUAGCGACAAUAAGAGUAAUCGUACAUCUAAGAAUACAUCUUUAGAUUUAGAUCCUCCGGUUACAGAUGAUACAGAUCGAGAACGCUAUAAAACUUGCAACGGUUUACAAAUAUGCAUAACGAAAGGAGAGAUAUUAGAGCAAACAACAGAUGCUAUAAUAUACGGUCAAACAAAUCCACCAUAUUUUGGAAAUGGUCUAGCAAAAUCAGUUAAAGAAAUUCUUAGCGACGAUAUUUUUAAAACUUAUCAAAAUCAACUGUCUAUCCUUAAGGUCUACGACCACAUUGUCACUACUUUGCCAAACGAUGUUCACAUAGUUCAUUGGGUACUACCUUCAACAGCAAUACCAGAAGCUAAAGCGUCAAAGAUUGAAAAUUCUUUGGGUGAUAUACUCCUAGGUAUGGAUCAACAUAACGUCAUUUGCGUUUCAAUAAGCAUCCUAGGUACAUACUUAUCUUGGUCAUUGGAAGAAAAAUAUGCGCUAGCUAGAUCGAUUAUAUACGUCUUAACUUCCAUUAGUCAGCUAAAGAGUCUUAAAUAUACAAUAUUGAUUGAUAAUGAUGGACAAAAUGUAGCAAUACUUAAGAAAAUUUGUCAAUUCUGGGCGGAAAAAGGUUUACUUACAAACUGCAAUAAAGUUAAUCCAAGUGAACAAGAUGAGAGAGAAGAAGUAAAUUUGAGAGACAAAAUAUACGAUUCAAAUGAACAGAUUGUGUCGCUAACGUGCGCCCAAUGUUUAGCCCUAAGGGGUGACGGCUCAGAGCAAAUGAAAUGCGGUCAUUAUCUAUGCAGGGAAUGCUCCAAGUUGUCGCAGUAUAAUCCUGAGGCUAAUUGCAAAGGAUCCUACUCGUAUCAGCAACCUCCAGGAACUAUGCGCCACUAUUUCAAUAAAGAUAUAAAUUGCUCAGGAUACGAGAAUAAAGGAACAAUCAUUAUCGAAUAUAUUUUCCCUGAUGGUAUACAACAAAAUUGCCAUCCCAACCCCGGGAGAACUUUUGUUGGCUGUAAAUACAUUACAUUCUUACCAAAUAAUAAAGAUGGUUUAUUAGCCUUAAAACUAUAUCAAAAGGCCUGGGAAAUAGGAAUUUUAUUUAAAAUUCAGUCAACUUCAAACGACGAAGUGAAUUACGUAACUUGGAAUAUUAUUAAACAGAAAACCUCCCUAUACGGUGGCCCUGAUAAGAAAAUCGAAAAUGAUUCCGGUAUUACCGAAACGACCUCAAUUUACCGUGAACUGUCUACAACAGAUGAUGAUGACAACGCUGGCUUUUCAGCAGCUGGACGUUUAGUUUUUGCUCAAAUCAAUUUGCAAGCCCUUACAAACAAUAUCAAAAUUCUUCGUAAUAAAUUACAAAAGCCAAAUGCAGGUAUUAUUGGUGUUGUUAAGGCUGGAGCAUACGGACACGGAUCUGUAUAUAUAUCAAAACAUUUAAAAUUGAUUGGUGUUGAACGACUCGCUGUUGCAACUGUUCACGAGGGAAUUUACCUCAGAAGAAAUAAUAUCUCUGGACCAAUUCAUGUAUUUGGCAAUCUCUAUGAGUCAGAGGCGCUUCCUUGUAUUGAACAUAAUUUGAUUCCAACUGCUAACAGUCCGAAUGUCAUCGAGGCAAUAGGUAAAGCCAGGGAUGAACUGAAAUCACACCCAGGAAAGUGGUUAAAUUUAAUCAAACAGGGUAAUGAUAUCGAACCCGGUACAAUUAAUAUCAAGAUCGAUACGGGAAUGUCUCGAAAUGGUUGUUCACCGAAAGAUUUUGCCACUCUAUUGAAAAUAUGCGAUGAGUCGAGAGUAAAGAUUGAUGGGGUUUUCACACAUUUUUCCGAUUCCUACGCUAAUCCUGAUUCUGCUAGAAAAGAAUUGGAAGUUUUUAUGAAAGUUGUUAAUAAACACAAACAUAGAAAUUUUCAUCUUCAUUCUUCGAACUCAGGAGCCAUAUUACAUGAUAUUGGAACUAAUUUAGACUUUAUUAGACCAGGUAUAUCCAUGUACGGCCUUUCUUCAGAUUCUGAUUCUGACAUAAUAAAACCACUGGGAUUUAGGCCAAUUCUAAGUUUACAUGCCCGUCCAAAUUUGGUUAAAGUUAUGCAGAAGGGAAGAUUUGUUGGUUAUGGCGGGACCUACGAAUGUGAAGAGGGCGAUGUAAUAGCAACUAUUUCAAUUGGUUAUGCAGAUGGAUAUUGGAGGCAUCUUAGCAACAACGUUGGAAAGGUGAACCUGAAGUUGUUAAAUCAGCUUUGUCCAGUUGUUGGGCGGGUUUCAAUGGACGCAAUAACAGUAAAAAUACCAAGGGAUAUCCUAUCAGUAACAAAAAGCCAUAAGUUUGACGUCACAAUAAUAAGUCCUGAUUACGACAAAGAAACAUCUGCAUUGGCUAUAGCUGCGAAAGUUAAUUCUAUAUCCUAUGAAGUAGCUACAAGGCUUAGUUGUCGAAUACCCAGAUUGUAUACAGAAUCCAAUUCUAUAGAGAACAUUGUAUGGAGCGUUCAGGGCUGCGAUCGGGAUAUUUAUUAA